UUAUUCUGGUUCUGGUCCCCACCAACCUUGACACAGCUCUCAGAACUGGUUGACUUCAGCUUUGCUUCUGGUCCUUCCAGGCCUCCUUUCCUCCUCUUUCCCCAGCUCACGAGCCAUGGGGAGGACUCCGGAUGGCCAGGGUCCACCUACCCGCCGGGGACCAUCAGCCCCGGGAACCUUGGCUCCCUCAGGAGAGUCUGAAUGGCCACUCCCACACCUGUCUCAGUGUCUGUCUGUCUGUCUUCUCUGUAUGUAGCAGGAGCCAACCUGAAUGCACGGUAGCCCGUUCAGCCUCUCCAGCAGGGGCUGGGUCCACUGAGCGUGCCUCAAAGGCAAACCUCUACCAUAUCAACCCUUUGAGAAAUGUUAUUAAGUCAACAGUGCAGAUUUUAUCAAGGAGUCUGGGAAGCUUAAGGUACUUGUGUGUCAUCGCUGUUGGACAAAGUGAGGGAAAGAGCAUGGGUACCACGACUGCCUGAUAAUACAAGUAGAAGCGGUGGGACUGGAUGUCAAGCUCACCUUCGGGGUCCAGCAGCUGGACAUGGAGACCCAACGCUCCUCACCUCUGUCAUUCCCCAGCGUUGUGCAAGAGGAAACCCCGCGUCAGGCCCCUGCUGGACUCCCUCGAGAAACUCUGUUCCAAUCCCACGUUCUUCCCCCCAAACAAGUUCCUUCUCUGUCUCCCGCCAUUCCCCGGCAAGGCUCCCUACCCCAGACUCCCAGCGCUCCCAAGCAACAGACUUCUGGCCGAAUGCCGCAUGUGCUCCAGAAGGGACCCUCACUCCUGUAUCCUGCCGCUUCCGAGCAAGAGACUCAGAUCCAGGGCCCCCUGACUUCCCAAGAAGAGGCCCCGUAUCUACCCCCAGCUGCUGCUGAACCAGAGAUCUCGCUUCUCUCCCACUCCACCCAUCAUCAAGAAGCCCCACUCCACUCCCCCGAAGUUCCCGAGAGAGACCCCUUGACCCUUUCCCCCACAGUUCCCGAGACUGACAUGGACCCCCUGCUCCAGAGCCCGGUUUCCCAAAAGGAUACCCCCUUCCAGAUCUCUUCUGCGGCCCAGAAGGACACACCACUCCCAACAGCGGAGAUCACCCGCUUGGCCGUGUGGGCUGCCGUCCAAGCGGUGGAGAGGAAACUGGAGGCCCAAGCCAUGCGGCUCCUGACCCUGGAGGGCAGGACUGGGACAAAUGAGAAAAAGAUAGCCGACUGCGAGAAGACGGCCGUGGAGUUUGCAAACCACCUGGAGAGCAAAUGGGUGGUGCUGGGGACCCUGCUGCAGGAGUACGGGCUGCUGCAGAGGCGGCUGGAGAACAUGGAGAACCUGCUGAAGAACAGAAACUUCUGGAUUCUACGGCUGCCCCCGGGCAGCAAUGGAGAAGUUCCCAAGGUCCCUGUGACGUUUGACGACGUGGCCGUCCAUUUCUCGGAGCAGGAGUGGGGGAACCUGUCCGAGUGGCAGAAGGAGCUGUACAAGAACGUGAUGCGGGGCAACUACGAGUCUCUGGUUUCCAUGGACUAUGCAAUUUCCAAACCAGACCUCAUGUCUCAGAUGGAGCGCGGGGAGAGGCCAGCCAUGCAGGAGCAAGAGGACUCAGAAGAGGGUGAGGCGCCUGCGGACCCCAGUGCAGCUCACGACGGCAUCGUGAUUAAGAUCGAGGUGCAGACCAACGACGAGGGCUCCGAGAGUCUGGAGACGCCGGAGCCCCUGAUGGGCCAGGUGGAGGAGCAUGGCUUCCAGGACUCGGAGCUGGGGGACCCGUGCGGCGAGCAGCCGGACCUGGACAUGCAGGAGCCGGAAAACCCGCUGGAGGCGUCCACGGAGAGCUCGGGCGGGUUCAGUGAGCUCAAGCAGAUGCUGGCGCAGCAGAGAAACUGCGCGGAGGGCAUCGUGAUCAAGACGGAGGAGCAGGACGACGAAGACGACGAGGACGACGAGGACGAGCUGCCGCAGCGCCUGCAGCCCCUCGGGCAGCUGUCCGGGAGGUACGAGGCCGGCAUGUACCCGCCGCCCCUGCCCGGGGAGCUGUCCCCCGAGGGCGAGGAGAGCCCCCCGCCGCUGCAGCUGGGGAACCCGGCGGUGAAGAGGCUGGCGCCCCCGUCGCACGGCGAGCGGCACCCGGGCGAGAACCGGGGCGCGGCCAGCCAGCAGCAGCGGAACCGCCGCGGCGAGCGGCCCUUCACGUGCAUGGAGUGCGGUAAGAGCUUCCGGCUGAAGAUCAACCUCGUCAUCCACCAGCGCAACCACAUCAAGGAGGGGCCGUACGAGUGCGCCGAGUGCGAGGUCAGCUUCCGGCACAAGCAGCAGCUCACGCUGCACCAGCGCAUCCACCGCGUCCGCGGCGGCUACGCCUCGCCCGAGCGCGGGCCCGGCUUCGCCCCCAAGCACGCGCUCAAGCCGCGCCCCAAGUCGCCCAGCUCGGGCAGCGGCGGCGGCGGCCCCAAGCCCUACAAGUGUCCCGAGUGCGACAGCAGCUUCAGCCACAAGUCCAGCCUCACCAAGCACCAGAUCACGCACACGGGCGAGCGGCCCUACACGUGCCCCGAGUGCAAGAAGAGCUUCCGCCUGCACAUCAGCCUGGUCAUCCACCAGCGCGUGCACGCGGGCAAGCACGAGGUCUCCUUCAUCUGCAGCCUGUGCGGCAAGAGCUUCAGCCGCCCGUCGCACCUGCUGCGCCACCAGCGGACUCACACGGGCGAGCGGCCCUUCAAGUGCCCCGAGUGCGAGAAGAGCUUCAGCGAGAAGUCCAAGCUCACCAACCACUGCCGCGUGCACUCGCGCGAGCGGCCGCACGCCUGCCCCGAGUGCGGCAAGAGCUUCAUCCGCAAGCACCACCUGCUGGAGCACCGGCGCAUCCACACGGGCGAGCGGCCCUACCACUGCGCCGAGUGCGGCAAGCGCUUCACGCAGAAGCACCACCUGCUGGAGCACCAGCGCGCGCACACCGGCGAGCGGCCCUACCCCUGCACGCACUGCGCCAAGUGCUUCCGCUACAAGCAGUCGCUCAAGUACCACCUGCGGACCCACACGGGCGAGUGAGCGCGCGGGCCGCCCCGUCGCCCCGCCCGAGCCCGGCGGGCGGGGACGGGGCGCCUCUGAGCCCCUUUGCUGUGAGCCCCCCUCUCCCUUCGCCCCUCCUCCCAAGGACGCGGGGUAGUGAGACCAGGUCGCUGGCUGCCGCGUUUCCCCGGGGCCCCAGGGGAGGAGCGCGGACCUGGGGAACCCCUUCGGGCUGUUAAUUUCCUUGACAAUAAAAUGGAUGAAACCAA